GUCAAAACAAAGGGGUAGUUUCGCAUGAAAUUUGUUUGGGGCGUUUGGUAAAUAUGCUGAGUGACAAUGGUACAGUGGAUUUCGUAUAUAAAUACACAAACCAUGAUGGAACUGAGAAAACUAUCGAAGAGAAAAUCGAGCUUCCAUUUGACGGGGACGUCGGUGAGUUAGUGAAUAAAAUGAUGAAUGAAAUGGAGCCGAUGAUGAGAUACUUGGAUGCUGACGUUGAGCUGAAGGAGGCAUUAGGGAAUUUCAUAAGGAAAAAGAAUCAGGAAUUCUUGGACAGUAGAGAUGAUGCUUUAAUAGAGAAGGCGAGGCGGCCAGACGCCGAUCUAGAGGCUUUGAUCAAGGAGACGGAGAAGUUGUACAAGGAAGAGCUCCUCCAAUUCGCCGACAGGAUUGGACCAACUGAUGAGGAAAUAUUUGCUCAAUCUUUCCAUCGGCUUGUGCAUUCAUCGUCUCUCCCUGAAAUUCUUGUUAAAGAAAAAGGUUAUGCGAAAACAGUCGCCGAUCUUAUAAAUCGUAUGGAUACAGAGGUUGAAGCGCUGAACUCUGAACAGCAGGAGGAAAUGGAUAAGAAGAUUAACCAGCUCGACAUUUCUACCACUUCUGAAGAUAUUAACAAGCUUCUUGCCCAUCAGUACACCACACACAAUUUCGUAAGGAAGAAAUUCGAAUCCGAAUUGGAAGCCAUCCACUCACAUCAGCGCAAUGAAUAUCGUGAAUGGAUCACGGGUCAAGUGAGUAAAGUAUUUCAAACUUCUCGAGUCGCAACUCCACUAGGGAAUCGUUCAUCAAUGUUUGUCACCCAAACCCCGUCGAUGGAAGAAAGUUUCACAAUUCAUUUAGGAUCUCAAUUGAAACAUAUGCAUAACAUUCGAAUCCUGAGUGCAGAUGUCACGGAUCUAUGCAGCCCAUUGCAUGCAGAUGAAAGCUUGGGUGGUCUCAACAUGGCUUUAGGUCUUUAUUCGAGUUCACUGUGUGGAGUGGUUGUUCUCACGCCUUCUGGGCAAGUGGCGGCGAAUAAAAAAAUUGUGAAAAACGCAAAUAUGUCUACGGAAUUUCAUUUUGAUCAGAUCGAUGAUCAACUUGAAAAAAUCCAAACUGAAGUGAAAAAUUUGAAUACUCAGGACGCUGCGUCCAAUGAAAAAUCUAUAAGUAAAUUGAAAACAGGAGAUUUUUUCAUAACAAAACAUUCCAAUCUGUCGCAAUCUCAUGUUAUUUUUCAUUUAAUCUCGGAUGAGCCAUUCAAUUCUCCCAGCGAGAUAAACUCACGCCAUCCAGUGAUACUAGGUUUAAGGAAUAUUCUGAAGACAGCGAGUAAACAUGAUGUCACCAUGUUAACAAUCCCAGCUUUAUUGCGACAUGAAAUGUCAGAGGAUAUGACGGUAUCCUGGUGCAUGCGACGAGCUGAACUUGUUUUCAAAUGUGCUAAAGGUUUCAUGAUCGAAUCAGCCAGUUGGGGUGGUGCAGAACUGAGCACAUUACAGCUAUUAUUACCACGGGAGAUAUCUGAAGAACUUUUUACUACUCUGGCUGGAAUGGUCCCUCAUGUCUUUCGUGUGGCGAACCCAAAGAUUCUUGAGAGCAAGUGAAAUAAUAUUCCAACUAAAGCUGAGAUUAUAAUUGAUAUGUUCUUUUAAAAUAUAAAUAUGUAGGAUGUAUACAUUAAUACAUAGCAAUAUUAUAUGAAAGUAACUCAUUGACCGAAUAAAGUAUCAAUGUAAUAUA